AAGGAGGGUGAGUAAGAUAAACGUGGAUGGCAGCCGCAACACACCAUCUGUUAGCUACGGUUUCAAUGCUGUCAGGCUUGGCGCUUCAGCAUUACUGGCAUAAUUACAUAGAGAUUCAGUAGGAGCUUCAGACGGGGUGUUAUGUUUGUUUCAAAGAGGAGAUUACAAGGAAGCAGCUUGAAGAGUGGAGUGAGCCGGGGGGCAGCUAGGCAGGAGGCAGCUGCUGUUUCCUAUAGUGCUACGACGCCGCAGCAGACAGGCAACAACAGUCCCAACCUGCCCUGUGGGAGAGGGGGAGGAUGCCAUUGUGGAGAAGUGGCUCCCGGGCUGGGCAGCAAGGCUCAGGAAAAGCCAAUGGACCACCCGGACCCAAAGCCAGGAGCCUGAGUUCCACCGAGAUGAACGGAAAGCCCUGGGCCGGGCCAAGCUACCAGGACCAAGCUGCAGCUGUACACACACAGGAGGACAGUACAUUGGCCCAGCUGGAACAGCCACAGCAGCAGCACCCUGACAAACUGUGUCUGGACUCCUUCUGGAGCGAGGUGGAGACCAUCCGCAGCCAGGGCAGCGGAUACACUGACCUUGAUACUGACAGUGCCAGACGAGACUCCAGGCACUCUGAAGAGGGGGAGCAGGAGAAGCAGUGGCUGCAGGAUGCAGGUCUUUCCACUCUGAUAAGACAGCAGAAGCAGAGACCAGACCAAGACAAAGGCGUAGACAGUGAGGACCAGGAUGUUGACCAGGCUAUCCUGCUGUCCACUCUGACCCGUACGCAGGCCGCAGCCGUCCAGAGGAGGCUAGACUCCUACACGCUGUCCCUGAGGAAGAGGAACAAGCCAGCUCCUCGUGACGUCAGGGAAGUCUUCGGCUCAUCCCCCUCUAUUGCGCAGACACCUCUACCAGAGUCUGAGCGUGUAGAAGCAAUAGCAUCUAUAUCAGAAGAAAGCAUGGAGAGAAUCCACAAGAUCCCAAUACAAGAGGACCAGCAGCAAGGAGGAGCUCUUAAAGAGGAGAUAUUCAUCACAGACGUGGCCUACUGUGAACAGGCAGCCAUUUUGUUAAAACAGGCCAAGCUGCCUCAGAUACAGAACAACGGCCGGAAGAGGAAAGAGGACGGUACACUGCCUAGGGUAAUCUGCCCCCAGUGUCGUCUGGGUGUGACUCGUACCCAGGACCUGUCCAACCAGGAUAUGAAGAAGGUUCGUCAGCUGGCCCUCAUUGACAUGACAGCACUCUGUGACCUUCUGGAGCUUGACAUGAAGAGGCACAAAACCCCCAAGAGGAAGAUAUCGGAGAGCGCCCUGUUUGGGGUUCCACUGGCCACGCUACUGGAGAACGAUCAGAAGGUCAAGCCAACUGCCAGCACUCCUCUCAUCCUCCAAGCACUGCUUUCUUUCCUGGAAAAGAAAGGAGUUGACUCAGAAGGCAUUCUGCGCGUUCCAGGCUCUCAGUCCAGAAUCAAGAAACUACAGCAGGAUCUGGAGCAGAACUUCUACUCUGGAAGGUUCAGCUGGGACGAAGUCAGUCCGAAUGACGCUGCAGCCCUUCUGAAGAAGUUCAUCAGAGAACUUCCGUCUCCACUGCUCACCGUAGAGCACCUGAACACAUUCAGCGCUGUCAGGGAUAUCCCUGAACUGAAACAGAAGCUACAUGUCUUGAACCUUCUCAUCCUUCUUCUACCUGACCCUAACAGAAACACACUUAAGAAUUUGCUGGAGUUCCUGAGUAAGGUGGUUUCUAGGGAAAGGAAGAACCGUAUGAACCUGUGGGCCGUUUCCACCAUCAUGGCCCCCAAUCUGUUCCUCCACAAGGCUGUGCCGUCCCGCCUCACUGAUGAGGGUCCGGGGGUGGAGAAGGGACAGGCCGAGAAGGCUGCUGAUAUCAUGAGGCUCCUCAUACGCUACCAGGACUUUCUCUGGAUGAUCCCGAACUUCCUGAUGAGCCAGGUGCGUAAGCUGAAUGAGAAUAGUAACCGGAGGUACCAGUUCUAUGACCGGCGCAUCAAGAACCUGCUGAGGAAAAUACACCAGGACAGCAAGGAAAAGCCUGACAAGAACUCAUCUGAGCUGUGUCGUACAGUGAAGAUCCAGGUGGCAGAGUUGAUGAGCAGCACCAUGGAAGUUCAAGUUAACACAAACUCCAGAGCAUCUGACCUGCUGGCUCAGUUCCACAGGCAUCUCCAAAGCUCUGACAACGUCAAGGACCUGCUGAAGCGGAAUGGUUCAGUAAAUGGUUCGAUGACCUACCCCGACUGUGCCAUCUAUGAAGUGGGUGGAAACAUCGGUGAACACUGCCUAGACCCAGAGACCCAUCUCCUGGACUUGUACAACAGCAACCCUGGAGGUGAGUGGGUCAUCAAGCUGAAACCCUUCGCCACCAGUAGAGGGCUGCAGCAAUAAGAGACAGCCACAGGCAGAGGGAGAGGCCAGCAAGGGGCUUCAAGCCCCAGUCAGCAAGAAGUGAAUUGCUGCAGUUAUAAACACAAAGACUGAUCCCCCUAUCCCCCCUUUUCUCUGGACAAUAAGGGGGAGACCAGACUGGGAGGAGCAAAACACAGAGAGACAGCAAAAAAAACAUAGGACUUUCUAAAGAGAGGUUGGAUCUGAAGUCGAUGCUUGACUUGUCAACUUCCAGAGUCUAUCCAAAUGGAGAUUUGGAGCACCUGGCUACCACAGCGCUCAUUCUUCCUCUCUUUCUUUUUUGUAUUUCUCUGUUCCAUCUGCUUAGACACUUGACGAAAAAGGGAACAGGCAAGGAAUGUAUAAGAUGCAUUCCUUUUUGUUGGUUUUGUCUUUGUUGUUGCAGUGGGGACAGUCGGUAUGAACUGAUGCCCUGUCUCCUGUUUGUGACACUUCGGCUGUGUUCUCUUCUGGGCUUUUCAGGCUCUCUAUAAGAGACCUAAUCAGAAGACUGAGACAAUUAUACUCUUCAAAGGAUCAAAGGUCAACCUCUAAGACUUUUAUGCAUGAUCUCCAAAGGGAACUUUUGUUUAAAAACAGAGAGUGAAGCUGGACUUCGUUUCUGUUUUUACGUCUUGUUUUGAUUAAGUGUGAUUAAGUGAUUGACUAUUUAUAACUGAUUGGAUGUGUCUAUGGGUGUGCAAUUGUCUGUAUUAAUGAAUGUUGCCCUUUGAAAUUAAUAGGAGCAUCUGAUACUGGUGAAGUUGGUAACAUUACAGUCAUGUAAGCUCCUUCAAUCUUUUUCUUGACGUUAACAGUGUAUUUUGCUGUUGUACAGUUUUAUUGGAUUCGUUAUUUGGAUGCCCUUCUGUACCUCUGCCUUUCCCCCCCCUAUUGCUCAUUUGCCAUGAAUUCCUGUUUUAAAACAAGAAACAAAAAUGAAACCUAUGAAUAGGGUUGGCUUAUUUUCAUCAAGCUAGGCAUUGGACACUAUCUGCCUCUGUUUAUGCAUGUUCCUACAAAUUAUUUUAGUCCUCAAUUGAACAACAGGUCCAACCAAGAUGUUACUUCAUAAGGGCUGCCACAUUGGACAGCUGGGGAGCAAUUAGGGUUAAUUGACUUGCUCGAGGACAAAACAAUAAAUGUUUCCCCCUUUGCUAGCUUGGGGAUUUGAUCUAGAAACCUCUUGGCUACUGGUCAGGUGUUCUAACAACUAGGCUAUUUGCCAAUCUACAUGUAUUACCUUCCCAUGAAUGUAAUUGUUCCAUACAGCGCCACAGUUUUCUUCAGCAGCCAUUUUAGGUGAGAAUGAAGCAGUGUUCAGUCUGCAGUAUUAUAAUGACACUGAGCAUCCAUCAUUACAUAAUUUCCUCUCCGUCAAAUAAAAUGCAUUACACCAACCAUACUAGACAAGUCACUUUGUUCAAAUGUUUGAUAAACAGAAGUUUAAUAAAAGUCAAUAUAUGGCCAGUA